AUGGAGGAACAAACAGUACAUCAACAUUUUUGCCUUGUGACGUUCUGUGUAGUGAUACGACCCGUUCAACCGGGGUUAAACAACGACUCUUUAAAUAACUUUGAAGAAGAUUGGGAAAAUGUAGAACUCACAAAAGAAUUACGGCAAAAUGCCUUUAUUAUUUUAGCACAAAAUGUUAAGUUAUCUCCAGCUAAUAAUAGUGCAAAGCGACCUUUACGAUAUAUUGGUGAUGAAAUAGAGAUCAGAAUUGAUCCUGAACUAACAAUUAAUACCCCAUUACAUAUCAUUAUAACGCAUGCUGAAGCUACUUUUUAUGCCAAUAAUGGUAAACAAAGUUAUUGGGCACCUGUUGGUGAUUACGAUUUGAGACCAAAGGGACGAGGCUCAUCGAUAAUGAUUUUUGAGUUUCUUUGUGAAACACGUGGACGUUUGAUGCUUAAUAAUGAAGAAAAAUAUUUGAAUAAUGUAUUACCAGAUGGUCAUGCUGAUAAACUUGAAUUUACAGAGGCAUGUGUCAUUAUAGAGGUUGGAAAAAUAAAGAUGGAUGGUAGACAGUCAAAAAUGUUGUUGAACAACUCGAGAGAUGAGCAAUUCCUAUUUUCGAAAAACACAGCUUGGUCACAAACCAAUCUUCUUAUUCGACAACUCAAUGGAGCACAAGCUAGACUUCGUAAUAGUCAAAUGCAUAAUGGUACUAUUCAAUCUAUGAUUUUACUUGAUGGCAGACAAAAAGGAAUCAAAAUUGCACUCGAAGAACAAGCUGAUAACCGUUGUACAAGCCGUAUUCUCUUAUUUGAACCAGAUUUUGCCACUCAGAAACCUUUAAUUCAAGAAAUCAUUGAACGACAUGUUCAUGUGGUCUUGCACAGAAACCAAAGUCGCGAACUUAAUGUGGGUAACUCGCGUGUAAUUCAUGGGACACGUGGAGUAGUUAUUACUAACAAACGAAAAGAAUUAGUGACUUUAGUGAUUCAAGUUAACAAAGCAUUAGUAAAUCUGGAGCUUCUAAAUAAAAUAAAAUUAAUUCUUCAAAAUUCCCCUAAUGUCGAUACCAUUGAUAAGAAUACCCAAGACUGGACGAAAAAGAGAUUUUAUCUUGAAGAAGUAAUUCCUGCAAUUAUGAAAAUCGAUCCAGGAAAAUGGGGAUGGAUCAGGCAAGAAAUUGUUGAAAAAUUCAUUAAUAAUUGUACAAUAUGUGCUGUACGAAAGUCAUCAUUUCAUCCAUUAGCAGCGAAACCUAUUAUUGCACAGAAUUUUUUAUCUCGAUUACAGAUGAAUUUAAUCGACUUAUCCUUUAAUGCUGAUGGUGAUUAUAAAUAUAUUUGUCAUAUUAGAGAUCAUUUUAGUCGUUUCUCCUGGGCUAAGCCACUUACAUCUAAAAGAGCUGUGGAAGUUGCAACAUAUUUAUUCGAUCUAUUUCAUUCUUUGAGUUUAGUUGAGCAUGUUAACGGAAUUCUUCAACAAAAGCUAGGCAAGUGGAAAGAAAAUACUGGACAAAGUGAUUGGUCAUUUGGAAUUCGAUUUGUCAUAUCAUCUAUGAAUAAUAGUUAUUGUCAUUCUCAUAACAAAACCCCAUAUGAGCUGGUGUAUGGUGAUAAACCUCAUGGAAGUUGCAUGUUAAUUAAUGAAUUAUUUUUAAAAAAUAUUCGUGAUGAAGAAAAUAUACCUGAUACGAAAAAGAUACAAAAUUCUGAAAGCCUCGUCAAAGUCUCGAGGCUUAUACUGAAAAAAUGUUGGGAUCGAAAUUUGGCAUUAUUGACAUUUUUUAUUGCGCUGGUGAACUUGAACCUUUGGGCACUACUAACUUUCCAUAUUAUACCAUCUAGUAAAAUAUCAAUCAGAGAAGCAGCACGGCUCCAAAGUGUAGGUCCAUCAUGCGCAAUUUGUAGCUGUAAAAGUGAUUGUAAUAAUAACAGAUGCUGCUGUAAAAAAAGUGGUGGUAAGUGUGGUAGUAGAUGUCAUGAUGGGCAUUCAUGUCAGAAUAAAGAAUAA